AUGAGGAGCGUCUUCGGUACGCAGCCCUGCGUGCGGCCCGUGGCGGUCAAGUGCCGGCGGGGCCAGACGGUGCGUGCGCACGCACACCCCGCCUCCCGCGCGGCGCGUUUCGUCUCUCGUCCCGCGCCCUGCGUCGUCCGGGAUGGGCCGAGGUCCGCGCGGAUCGUCGCGAACGCGGAGGCGUCGCACGGCGAGGCCGCAAAUGGCCACGAUAACAUCAAGUGGGAGGCCACGCCGCGCGUGCUGCGCAUGUGGCGGUCCGCGCACGCCGUUUGCUUCGACGUCGACAUGACGCUGACCACCAAGGACGGGAUCGACGCCCUGGCCGAGUUCAAGGGCGUCGGGCAGGCCGUCGCGGACAUCACCAACAGCGCGAUGGACGGCGUGAUGGACCUCGAGGAGUCCCUGCAGGCGCGCAUGCAGAUCAUCAACCCCUCCCCUGACGACAUCGCGCGGUACAACAAGCAAGUGGACCCGCGGGAGCGGGUGGUGCCGGGAGCCAAGGAGCUCAUCGAGAGCCUCCAGGCGCGCGGCAUCGCCGUCUUCCUCAUCAGCGGAGGCUUCCGGGAGCUCCUCAUGCCCAUCGCCCGCUACCUCGGCGUCAAGCCCUCAAACAUUUAUGCCAACCGCAUGUUCUUCGUCGCUGACGACGAGACAGGUCUCCCGACGAAGUUCGCGGGCUUCGAUCCGACGCAGCCGACGUCGCGCCAGAUGGGCAAGCCCGCGGCGAUCGCCGACAUUCGCAACCGCCUGCCGUACGAGACGAUCGUCAUGGUCGGCGACGGCAUCACCGACCUCGAGGCCGUCGAGGUCUCCGGCGGCGCGGACCUCUUCGUCGGCUUCGGCGGCGUCGUGCAGCGCGACGCGGUCGCCAAGGGCGCCGACUGGUACAUUAAGAGUUACGACAUGUUGGUCAACGCGCUGGAGCGGCGCAAGCUCGCGUUCAUCGGGAGCGGCGCGUGGGCGUGCGCGUCGAUGAUGAUGGCGGCGAGCAACCUGCGGCGCCUGUCGAAGGACGCCGGGUCGUUGUACGCCGAGGAGGUCACGGUGUGGGUGCACGACGAGGACUGGAACGGCGAGAGCCUCGCUGCGGUGAUCGCGAGGGAGAACGAGAACCCGAAGUACUUCCCGGGGCACAAGCUCGGCCCGAACGUGCGGCCCGUGACGGACAUCGCGGAGGCGGUCGACGGCGCGACGAUGGUGGCCUUUUGCGCGCCGCACCAGUUCAUUGUCGACAUCUGCCGGAAGAUCGACGCGUCGGGGAAGCUGCGGCCGGACGCGAUCGGGAUCAGUCUGAUCAAGGGCAUGCGCGUGCGCGCGGAGGGCCCGCAGCUGAUCAGCGAGAUGAUCCGCAAGGUUCUUAACAUCGAUGUGUCCGUGAUGAUGGGCGCGAACAUCGCGGGCGAGAUCGCGAGCGGGUACCCGACGGAGUGCACGCUCGGGUUCCGCGACCGCCGCAACGCCGAGGCCUGGCAGAAGGUUUUCGAUUCGGCGAAGUUCGAGGUCCAGCUCAACCCUGACAUCGAGGGCACGGAGAUGUGCGGGACGCUGAAGAACGUGGUGGCGCUCGGCGUGGGGAUGGUCGAGGGGCUCGGCGCGGGGCAGAACGCGCGCGCGGUCGUGCUGCGCCGCGGGCUGUAUGAGAUGCGGGCGUUUGCGCAGGCGAUGUUCCCGUCCGUGCAGAACGAGACGUUCUUCAUGUCGUGCGGCGUGGCCGACCUCGUGGCGUCGAGCUACGGCGGCCGGAACUCCGCCGUCGGGCGCGAGUUCGCCCGCGCGUGGGCCGAGGACGGCGAGAAGCCGUCGUUCGACGACCUCGAGCGCGACCUCCUCAAGGGCCAGAAGCUCCAGGGCGUGCUGACGGUCGAGGAGAUCGUCGAGGUUAUGGGGCAGCGGGGAAUCGAGAAAGACUAUCCUCUGUUUAUGACCAUCCAUGCUAUCUGCAAGGGCGAGGAGGCGCCCUACGCGAUCUUCGAGUACCGCGAGGUCGGCCGCCAGGCCGCCCAGCGUAUGCGGAGUCGUCUGAACGCGAAGGGGCCCACGGAGGGCCACACGGUGGUGCCAAAGACUGUGGAUGUGGAGGGCGUCACGUCCGGCGUAAUCCUCGAGACGGUCGACUCGGACGCGGAGGUCUCGCGUCCGAGCCAGCUCCAGGCGUGA